AUGGUUGGAAUAUCACAGGGCCAAUUGGCUGUUGUCACACAAGGACCUCGCAAGGCUGCUUUGGUGACCAAUCGAUCAAUCCCUAGGCUACGCGACGAUUACAUCUUGGUCAGAACUGUAACAGUGGCCCUUAACCCAACCGACUGGAGGCAUAUUGACUUCGUCCCAAGCAAUGGAUGUAUCGUGGGUUGCGACUUUGCCGGGAUUGUCGAGGAGAUUGGUCCCAAUGUGACCAAAUACCAGAAGGGAGAUCGAGUUUUGGGACUCACACACGGAUGCAACGCUGUUGAGCCCGAAGAUGGCGCGUUUGCCCAAUACAUUAUGGUCAAGGGAAAUGGGCAACUCAAGAUCCCGGACGGGAUGAGCUGGGAGGAUGCGUGCACAGUUGGAGUCGGAUACACAACCGUGGGCCAGAGUCUGUAUCAAAAUCUUGGACUCCCAAUGCCCGGAAAGCCACGAAGUCCUACGACACCAAAGACUGUCUUGAUCCAUGGCGGAUCUACCGCAACUGGCACACUGGCCAUUCAAUGCGCUAAACUGUCUGGGAUGGAAGUAAUCACGACGUGCUCAGCCAGCAAUUUCGAGCUGGUCAAAGGACUCGGGGCGGACGCCGUGUUUGACUAUACCAAGCCCAAUGCGGCGGCAGCGAUUCGGAAGUAUACUAGGGAUAACUUGAAGCUGUGCUUUGACACCGUUGCAAUGGCGACCUCGGCCCAGUUCUGUGCGGAAGCUCUAACCAGCAGAUCUGGGGCCCGGUACCACACGUUGCAGGAACUUCGGUGCCCUCGGCGAGAUGUCCGGUCGACGGUCUCAAUGGCGUAUACCGUCGUGGGAGAGCCGUACACCAUGGGGCCCCAGAAGGUUCCCGCCAAGCCCAUCGAUAUGAAGCAUCAUCUAUUAUGGCAGUCUGUCUUUCAGGACUUGUUGGAUCAGGGUAAGAUAAAGACCCAUCCAGUGUCUAAGCAGCCAUAUGGGCUCAAGGGAGUAUUGUCUGGGCUGGAUCUGUUGCGCGAGAAUAAAGUACGAGGACAGAAGUUGGUUUACCGGGUGGAUGAGACACCGCAUCAGUUCUAG